GGGAGACUUCCGGCCGCCGGGCUGCGGGGGAUGGCGACCAAGAACUUGGCGCGGCAGCUUGGAUUAAUUAGGAGAAAGUCUAUUGCACCAGCAAAUGAAAGUCUAGGAAGAAGAAAACUAAAGCAGUUAUUUGACUACUUAAUUGUUAUUGAUUUCGAGUCAACAUGUUGGAAUGAUGGGAAACACCACCAGACCCAGGAAAUAAUUGAAUUUCCAGCAGUAUUGCUGAACACAUCAACUGGAGAGAUUGAAUCUGAGUUCCAUGCCUAUGUUCAGCCUCAGGAGCAUCCAGUUCUUUCUGAAUUUUGCAUGAAACUGACAGGCAUAAAGCAGGCUCAAGUUGAGGAAGGAGUCCCUCUGAAGAUUUGCUUAUCUCAGUUCUGUAAAUGGAUUCAGAAGAUUCAGCAACAGAAGAAAAUUAUUUUUGCUACUGGGGUUUCAGAUCUGUCUACUUCAGAAGUAAAAUUGUGUGCAUUUGUUACUUGGUCAGACUGGGACUUGGGAGUUUGCCUGGAGUAUGAGUGUAAAAGGAAACAGCUCUUUAAACCUGUGUUCUUAAAUUCCUGGAUUGAUCUCAGAGUAACUUACAAGAUUUUCUAUAGGAGAAAACCAAAAGGACUAAGUGGCGCCCUGCAGGAAGUGGGAAUAGAAUUCUUGGGACGAGAACAUUCCGGAUUGGAUGAUUCUCGGAAUACUGCCCUUCUUGCUUGGAAAAUGAUCAGGGAUGGUUGCUUAAUAAAAAUUACAAGGUCCUUGAACAAGGUUCCCACGAAGAAGAAUCCCAACGUUUUGGCCAGACAUUUGAAUACCAAUCAAGUUGAAGAAACAUCGGCCUGCAACAGUAGCAUUCAGGGUCCCAGUUUAUGUUGUAGGGAACCUAAAAAUACAAUAUAUUACCUUGAAAAAGUUCAAACGCAGUCUGUUGGUGUGAAUUCUAUCAAGGUACUGCAAGAUGCGUUACAACUAAAGAGCAAUGUAAGAGUGGAUCUCUGCAAUGUUACAAACUGUUCAUCUCUCUCCAAUACCCAGUCCUCUACAUGUCUGGGGCAGUUGCAGUGUCCCAGCUUCAAGACACCUAUGCAGAAGCAAAUAAAAAAAGAACAUCAUGCAUUUCAUACCAAAUCUGAGCCUUCAACAAAGGGUUCAGAACUGGUGCUUGUUUCAACUACCCUUUCAUCUGUUAAUCAUGUUUCUGAUAUGGAGAUCAGUUCUGCUCUUGACUGUUUACCUAUGUUGGCUGAUUGGGAGGAUGCAGCUUUACUACCAACAUCUCAGCCUGAGCAAAAUACAGAUUGUAUACCUCCCAUCAGUGACUCAGACUUAGCUUCUUCAUCUAAUGCUGGAGAAAGGUUAGUGGUUCUAAAAGAAUCUGAUCUGCUAAGUUAUGAAAACCUUGGAGGCACAGAAGAAACUCCUCAAAAAUCUGAGACCUCUAAGUCGAUUGUGUAUAGGAGUCCGCAUACUACUAUUUAUAAUGUAAAAGAGGCCAAAUAUUCAAGUUCAGAUGUUUCUAACUUUAAAUUACCUGAGUGCAAAUCAAGCAGUUUGAACACUGUUAAGGCCAGUAUGUCUUAUCCUUCCGUUUUGGGAAGAUGUCUUUUAGGGGGUACUAAAAGGAAUUCAUCCAGUCCCCCAACCUUCCCCCUAGCAAAAAAGCAGAACUUCACUAUUCACAAAGAAAAGCCUAUAUCAUCUGAUGGUUCCCCAGUGAGUUCUCAGAAGGCUCUCCCCUCUGUCUUCACUCCUCCAGUUAACCUACGAGAGCCCUGGAAGAGUGGGAAGAUGACGCCGCCGUUGUGCAAGUGCGGCCGAAGGUCCAAGAGACGGGUUGUUUCUAGUAACGGACCGAACUGUGGAAAAGCCUUCUAUUGUUGCCCUACUGGGAAAUAUCAAGAAAACAGAAAAUGUGGUUAUUUCAAAUGGGAACAAACACUUCAAAAGGAGAGGGCCAACAGCACAGUCUGGUGUCGUCCCUCUGGGGCACUCGCUUUUAGCUCUGCAGAAACAAGCCAUGUUUGUGACCAAAAUGACCAUGUGUCUGCUAAACAUUCACUGAGACUCAGACCUUCAAUGAGGAACUGACGAACUUUAUAUCUGAACUGUGUUUUUACUUCAAUAUGACUUUUAGUGUGGUAAAGAGGAAAUGGGUAUAGGGCUACAAGUUACGAGGACAGCAUAACUGAGCUCUGUAUACUGCCCUGGGGCUAUUGCUCACACACACAGAAAACAAUAAAUGUCACAGGCUUCUAAUUUCAGUCACCAGCUGUCUACUUUUUGUCUUCUGUAUGGAUCCGGGUUGUU